AUGCUUUUCCGAAACACCAUCCUCGCCGGCGUCGUGUCGCUCGCCUCCCUUGCUUCGGCCGGCAUCGUCAGCUUCACCGUCCCCAAGACCGUCGUCCCCGGCGCCAAGUUCACCGCCACCCUCGUCGAGAACAACGCCACCAAGAGCAAGGACAUCUCCGUCGCGUUCGGCAUCGCUUCCGGCGACUUCGUCGAGCCCUGGGGCCUCGGCACCGACCUGUUAGGCAAGUCCAUCCUGACCAACACCGAUGUCACCCCGUCUCCAGAGUCCGUCGACGUCGAGCUCACCGUCCCAUCGUACUAUGAGGACGGCGAGGCGACCGUCGUGGCUAUCGUCAGCGCCCUGUCUGGCGCUAGGCUCUACCCCAUCUCUACGCUGUACAAUGCUACCGUCAUCGUUGGCAAGGAACCCAGCACCGAGACUGUCAAGAGCGGCGACGGCCUCGUCAUUCAGCACCAAUAUUAA